UCGGGGCGGGGCUGCCAUCCAAGAUGGCGCGAGCCAUGAAGUCUGUUCUAUGGCACGUGUGCGUUUUUUUAAGUUUUCUUCAAAUUAUCACCGUAGUUAAUUGUAAAGGGAAUUUAAUAGUUUUAAACGAAGAUAAUUGGUCAGAUAUAUUAAAUGGUGAAUGGAUGGUCGAAUUUUUUGCUCCAUGGUGCCCUGCAUGUAAGGCUUUAGAUCCUGUAUGGAAGGAUUUUGCAAGUUGGAGUGAAGAUUUAGGAAUUCACGUAGGACAAAUAGAUGUAACGGUAAAUCCUGGUUUGAGUGGUCGUUUCAUGGUUACAGCACUUCCUACUAUUUACCAUGUUAAGGAUGGAAUUUUUCGGCAAUACAGAAGUUCACGAGAUAAAGAUUCGUUAAUGAAUUUUAUAGAAGAAGAAAAAUGGAAAAGUCUUGAUACAGUUUCAUCUUGGAAAGCACCUCAGUCUAUACAAAUGUCUAUUGUUUCAUAUUUUUUCAAAAUCUCAAUGUCUCUUAGAACUGUCCAUAAUAAAAUUGUAGACGAAUAUGGAAUACCAUACUGGGGAUCUUAUAUUAUCUUUGCAUUGGCAACGAUAGUAAUAGGAGCAUUGCUUGGAUUGAUAAUUGUUUGUAUGAUUGAUCUAAUGUUUCCUGCCAAAGCACCGAUGAUGUCCGUUCCCGACAGUCCACAACGCGAAUCCUCAGAAAAAGAGGACGAGAAAUCUGAGGAAGAGAACGGAGACGACGAUAACGAUGAAUCUGAGAACGAUGACGAAGACGACAUAAGAGACGACACAAAAGAUGACGUAAAAGACAAAGUUAAAGAUGCCAAAUUGGGAGAUCAGGAGUUGAGGAAGAGAAAGAUGGAAGACAAAAGCGAAGACUGAACUCUUAGAACAGUUAAAAUUAGUAUUAAAAUAUAUGCAACGGAAUACACGAAACUUAUUCCUGCACGGGAAAUUCGGAUCGAAACAUAUUCUUCCAUAACAAAUUGUUCUUAAUUUUUUUUAAAAAAAACUUUAUUUAAAUACAUUACUUAUGUUUUAUAUAGUCAAAAUGUUUUAGUUAUUAUCUGUGGUGUGCGUUUAUUUAAUUUGAUUUCAAAACAUUUCAAUUUCAGAUGAAAUGCUCAAUAUUUAAUUUUUGAUUUAUGAAGUUUAUACUUAUGUAUAUACACCCAUAUACACAACGUAUAAAUAUUUUUACAUAAAACUACAUAAGCAAAUAUUUUAUAAGCAGAUAAGAAGAAUAAAUAGGUAAAAAAUUAUAUUGCAUACUUGGAGCGUAUUAGCAUUUAAAUCCGAUUUGAUGAAGUUUUGAUAUUUUUUACGCUAGAAUGUGUAGUUUUUUUUUAAUUUUCA